AUGUCGAACAGAGUCAGUUCUCGUCGUGUUGCUAAGCCUUAUUCUCGUUCUUCGCAGAAAUCGUCCCUUCUUUCUGCCGUGGCCACCUUCAGUUCUCUUUCGCCCAUGCCUUGCUCAUACUGCGAAGAUCACAAUCUUUCAGCUGAGUGCAAGGUUGCCGAGUCCGAAUCUUCCCGUUGUCAGACCUGUGUACGUCUGAGUUUAUCGAAUUGCGAUGUUCGUAGCCUAACGUCUGCACAAUUGAAUCAGGUGGAGGUGAUUGAAGAGGAGGCUGCUGAGCUGAAUGCUAAACUCCUUAGGCUGCGUAAGCAGAAAAGGAUGUGGUACGAAAAGAUGAUGCGUGCCGUUCGUCGGGGUAUUAACAAUGUGAAGGAGUUGGAAAGGGUGGAGGCGGAGAAGCGGGCUCGCAUCGCUGCCGGGGUUCGUUCUGUGGUUGCAGAGGAAUCUGCUGUGGUUGCUGAAGAUUCUUCUUUUGAGGGUUUUGACUGGAAUUCCGUGGACGUGGGGAAUGCAGUGGUAGAUUGGUCGGGUUUCCUGGAGAGCGAGGUUUCUGAGGGCCCUGGAUCUCGGUCCGGGGCGGAGCGAUCGUCUUAG